UAUGGGUGAGGGAAACACGUCGACUACACGCGAGUUGACUAGAAUUGCCGGGUACACGCGUGCUUGUUGAAAUUCACUGACGUGUACGUGUGUAAAUUGUGUUGAAUUUUCUCAAACGUGUUAGAGGACGUGCUCCAGGUGUAUCAUAAGAAGUCUGAUUUCAUAGACCGAAGCGACAGGACGAAUUUAAGACAAAGCGAACAGUUUUGUAUAGAUCUGUCACUGAAUUGACAUUUAGAAAUUUGAGGGAGUGUGAUUGUCUGAAAAAAACAUACAGACAUGCUUCCUACAUUGAAAGUUGGGGUUGUCCAAGCUUUUUCGCUGUUUGUGAUUUACAGUGUCGCAACAACAGCUUGGGCAGCUUUGAAAGAAGGAGACUGUGAAGUUUGCAUCAAGACUCUGAACAAGUUCACAGAUCAAUUAGCGGAUGCAGAUAGAAAAUCUACAGAUUUAAUUGAAACAAAGUUCAAGAAAUUCUGCAAGAACCUUCGUUUGAAAGAAGAGAGAUUUUGCUACUAUGUCGGGGGUUUAGAGACCUCGGCAACUGCCAUCCUCCAGGACAUCUCCAAACCAGUGAGCUUCUACAAACCCAAUGAGAAGAUCUGUGAAGACCUUAAGAAGAAGGAUAGCCAGAUCUGUGAACUGAAAUAUGAUAAGGAGAUUGACCUUUCCAAGGCUGACUUCAAGAAAAUGAAGGUCAAGGAAUUGAAGAAGAUCCUUGAGGGGUGGGGUGAAUCGUCUGCCUGCAAAGGAUGUGCCGAAAAAUCAGACUUCGUACGUGUUAUUAAAGAACUGAUGCCCAAGUAUGCCCCCGAGGCUCACAAGAAGAGGGAGGAGCUUUGAUCAUUUUGUCGUUUUAGAACUUAAUUUUCAUGAAAGGGUCAUUUCUGUUACAUGUAUAACACAGAUUUGCAUACAUCUAAAUAAUACAACAUAAAUAUUUUAGGUUAUUGCUAAAAAAUGAAAGCAUAUUAUUAUACGAAACAGGAUUUGAUCGUGUCAUGGUAACUUGACUGCUAAUUCUUCUGAUAUAACAUUGACAAAAAUUGAAAGUCUGUUUGAACAUUCUUGUGACCGUUCUGAUACACAAGAAACCAGGAAAAGGCUUUUUUGGAUAAAAUUUAUUGUGAUUUAAUUUGGGGUAGUGUUGUUGUAAAUGUGUUCAUUUGUUGCAUAUAGGUCCAGGUUUGAAUCCUGACAUCGGGAAAGUUGAUAAGAAUUAUUCAUGGUGUCCCUGUAUGAUAUGGUAACACUUUUCUUGUGAAUUUUCUGUUUCAUGCGACUUGCUGUUGCAUUAUUUAAAUGUAUGCACUUACGUCGUCUAAGUUAUUUUGUUAUGACAUCGUUGACAUGAAGCAUGUACGUUUGUUAAUACUGUACAUAAACUUUCUCAUGCCAUCAUCAUCGUGUGUAGCCAUGUUAGUUCAUUUGACCAAUUCCAAAUUGGACCGUAAUUCUUUUCUGGAGAAUUGGUUUAAAACCAUGUGAUUUAGCCUUGCCAUCCACAAACUGACACCAUUGAUGUUGUGCAGUUCAUUUGACAAAUCCAAUUUAGAAAUUAGCAGUGUUCUGUCGAGGCAGUGGCCUCGCGGGAUUCUCGAAAUAUUUUAUAGAUUGGCGCAUGAUAUAUACUCUCAGUGGGACAAGGGGCGCAUUCAUGUAGAUGGGUUUAUUUAUAUAAUUAUAGGAGUCACUUACUGACUCAAAAACAGUUUAUAUCACAAGACAGCUGCUUCUAUUUUGAAUGUAGACGUCAUGAUUUUAGUUGCCUUAUGCAUCUCAAUUUGGUUGAAAGUCAUAAAUGGUUCAUUCAGAAUUGAGUAUACACAUUUUUUAAAUCUUAAUAUCUGUAAAAGAUGUCCUGUGAAAAUUCCGUGUCUGGCUAAGGGCGUUAAUGACCUGCAUUCCAUGGGUUUUUAAGUUUUAUGUUAUUGGAGAGUUUGACCUCACAAGUUUUGAAAAUGACCCUAUGUAUUUAUGCUGAAGGGAUCCCUGUCCCCAGUUGGUCAGUGUCUUGGCAGAACACUGAAUUAGUAAAUCAUUUCUAUGAAAUCGGUUAGAACCGUGAUGUCGAUUGAAGUUCUAUCAACCCAGCAAUGACCAUUGUCACCUCAUCUGCGUACAUUGGCUUAACAUAUCAUUGUGCAUCACGUGUUGUCAAGGGUCGAGAGGGCAGUGAAGGGCAAAGACUACACCAGACCUGCUUUCUUCUUUCAUUUCUGAUCCCAGAUACCAUAAUAUAUUUAUUUAAUAUAUUCAAUACUUUGUGAUGCAACAAUACCAAUAAACCAAACCUGUCAACAUUUUUACCUUUCUCAUGUUUUCUAGUUUAAGUUUGUAAAGAAUAUACUUUAAUCUCCUCUUAUAAAAAGUCAUUAUGAUCAUCCUGUUUUUUUAAGGCAUCUUAAGAAUGAUUGAUGCACACACCUUUCGCUAGUCCGACGUCACAUUGUUUUGUCACCUAUUUCCUUAAAUGUUACGUCAUUGUAUACUCCCCAGGGAGGUGAGAAUGAUAAUUUGAAUGCAUACAGAUCCACUGGUUGGGGAACAAAUAAACCGUAUCUUUGAGCAGAUACUAUUAUCUGGAUAGGUACAUUAUAUAAAUGUAUCAUAAAAAUAAUCAUUGGGAAUUGUUAUGUAUGUAAUCUUCAUGGUAGGCCUUUCCUUCUGGUUAGGUCGGGGUAGCCUAGUGGUUAAAGCGUUCACUCGUCAUGCCAAAAGCCCGGGUUCAAAUCCCCACAUGGGUACAACGUAUGAAGCCCAUUUCUGGUGUCCCCCGCCGUGAUAUUGCUGAAAUAUUGCUAAAAGCGGCGUAAAACCAUACUUGCUCACUUCUAGUUCAUGGGGGGCCCAGUCGUCUAAGGCGCCACGAUUCGCUGUGCAGAGUUGCGUCCCUUGGGCACGCCAGAAACCUAUGAUUGUGGGUUCGAAUCCCGGUUCGCCCCGAUUAUGUUUCUAGGUUUGUCAGCACCGAAGUGGUAAACUUUGGGCUUUCCUCCCACAUUAAACUGACACGCCGCGAUAUAACUGGAAUACUGUUAUGGCGUUAAACCCAGCUCACUCACUCACUCACUCUGGUUCAUGUAUUUGUUUUAUCCUAGAUCUGGACCAUCACUAUGACUGUGUUGUACCCACUAAGCAGUGUAUAAAGACAUUGCUCUCCAUCAUGGAGUCUGUGAAGCAGAUGGGAGCCAAGUGGGCAGACCUUGGUCUGUCGGCACCAUACAUGGACUUCUCCACACUUGCGUAAAUCUACGACCCAAGUUUUCUCCCAUGUUGGGCCACAUGUCUACAGCAGUAGAAACUACUUUCUAUUGCUUUGCUACAAUUGUUUGCAAGAAGGUUUGGGUCCCGUUCCACAAAGCGAUCUUAGCCCUAAGGUGAUCAUAACACCCUUAUUUUAACAUAGGCUUAUGAUAGUCAUAGCGCUAAGAUUGCUUUGUGGAAUGGGAGUCUGGUUAGCCUCGAUAGAAUUCAUGCUCAGUGGCCCGAUCCACAAUGUGAUCGUAGCGCUACGACAAUCAUAAGCCAAUGUUAAAGUAAGGGAGUUACGAUCACAUAGCAAUGGAGCUCUGGUUUCUUUGAAGUUUGGGAGUUAAGGUCAAGUCCUGUCUGCCACUGAACAUUGGAUUCAGAGCGUAGAAAGAAAUGAUCUGACCACAUCAGCUCAGUGUUUAACAGUAUGUGUUGAGUGUGUGAUCUAAAUAUUAAUAUGUCAUUUUGAGUAAACCCUUGUUUGAGCUUUUUCUUGACUUAAGACCUGUAUUUUCAUAUUUUCAAGUUGAUCAAGCUGAACUUCUGAUUACCAUGGAAACACGAAUUCGUGACAUUUAGAAAAAUGUUUUCAUGAUACCAAAUACCUAUCAGAAUUUAUCCUUCCUUGAUGUUAUUAUUUAUUCAUGGCUGUAUAAACCUUGUCUGAAAGAGAACUACUUGAUUGAGAAUGUCGGAAUCAUUGUUGAACUUCAAUAUCAGCUCAUGUCGUCCACCACGUUCUUGAAUGAGUAUGCACUUGUAAAUUGUGUAUAGUUGUCUUGGUGUAAAUGUGUUUAUAGAACUUGAAAUAUUAAGCUGCAUGUAAAGGGUGUCAGACAAGCACAAGUGAAAGAAUACAACUUAUUUUGGGACAUUAAACUUGUUAACUACUUCA